CUCAAAUAUGAUUAUCCCAAACUAUAUAUUAAUUGACAAUUAAGUAUUCUCUCUGCUCUAUAGUCAUGGGAGAUAACAAUGGUGAAGUCGAAAUCCAAAGCCAUGGCCAAACCACCAAAACCCCCAAAAGAGGAUGGCAUGCUGCCAUCUUCAUCAUAAUUAUGGAAGCUGCUGAACAAUUUGCAUACAUUGGGUUGGGUGCGAAUUUGAUCAUAUACCUAACAGAGGCUCUUCAUGAGCCAGUGACUGAAGCUGCUAAAAACAAAAACACUUGGGUUGGUGUUUCUUCAAUAUUCCCUUUGCUUGGUGGCUUCAUAGCUGAUUCAUAUCUUGGUCGAUUCAAGACAAUUAUCAUUUCAUCCAUCAUUUAUCUUUUGGGCAUGAUUUUGUUGACACUAUCAGUCUCCAUAAUGAAAAACAAGAAAUUGUUCUUCACGGCUCUUUACGUGUUGUCAGUCGGUGAUGGCGGACAUAAGCCGUGUGUACAAACAUUUGCAGCCGAUCAGUUCGAUGAAGACACAUUGGAACAGAGAGACGCCAAAAGCUCAUUUUUCAAUUGGUGGUACCUAGCAAUUGUAAUUGGUUCAAUUUUUGCUGUGUUCGUUAUAGUGUAUCUGCAGGACAAUGUGGGUUGGGCUGUGGGGCUUGAAAUUCUAGUAGCAAUGUUGGCAGCAGCAUUGGUGAUGUUCUUGCUAGGAAGGAAACGGUAUUGGAAAGAAAGCCCAAAAGGAAGCCCAAUGACAAGUAUUGCCCAAGUUUUUGUUGCUGCAUCUCGUAAGUGGCGCGUGAAGGACACGUCUGAGAAUUAUUGGUAUGGCCAUGAUCAUGGUGACUUAAUUCGUUCCCAAAUUCAACCCAUCGAUCGUCCUUUGGCCCACACUGAUCAAUACAGAUUUUUGGACAAAGCAAUGAUAAUUGAUGAACAUGAUGCUUCAAGCCAAAGUAGAAACCCAUGGAGAUUAUGCUCAGUGACACAAGUUGAAGAAGUGAAGCUUGUAAUUCGGUUAAUCCCAAUAUGGCUAAGUUGUUUAAUGUUCAUUGUUGUUCAAAGUCAACUAGGCACAUUUUUCACAAAGCAAAGUAGCACAUUAAAUCAUUCAAUUGGACCACAUUUCAAAAUCCCUCCAGCAUCACUUCAAGGCUUAGUUGGAAUUGUGAUAUUAUUUGCAGUACCAAUCUAUGACAAAUUAUUUGUCCCAUUUGCUAGAAAAAUAACAGGACAUCAUUCUGGAAUAACAGUGUUACAAAGAAUUGGAUUUGGUCUUUUUUUGUCAAUAUUUACUAUGGUUGUGUCAGCUCUUGUGGAGGGUAAAAGGGUAAAUAUUGCUAAAAAAAAUAAUCUCAUAGACAACAAUACAAAUAAUGCAAUUAUACCAAUGAGUAUUUGGUGGUUGUUACCUCAAUACACAAUUCUUGGAAUUUCAGAUGCAUUUACAAUUGUUGGGUUACAAGAAUUAUUUUAUGAUCAAAUGCCAAAUAGAAUGAGAAGUUUGGGAGCUGCAGCAUAUAUAAGCAUACUUGGAGUUGGAAGUUUUGUUACCAAUGGUGUUAUAAUUAUUGUGGUGGAAAUUACUUCAAGGAGUGGUAGAAAAUGGUUGGGUGAUAAUUUGAAUAGGGCACAUCUUGAUUACUUUUAUUGGAUGUUGGCUUUGUUAAGUGCUUUGAAUUUGUGUGUUUAUUUGUUCAUAGCUAAAUGUUUUGUGUACAAAAAGAGGGAUAUGGAUGAAACAACUAUGGUGGAGAAUAACACAUAGAAAAAAGAACAACUACUUGCUUGUAGAAACUUGGAUUUCAGUGCUAAUAAUACUUCAUUUAUGUUUAAUUAUAAA